AUGUCUGCCGGCAACAGGAAAGAGCGACGCGCAAAGGAAUCCAAAACAAAUGCAAAUGGUGCUGGAAGCGGCUUCCAGCCCACCAACGAAAUCGAUGAAGAAGGCGUCGAGAUGAUUUUGAAGCAUCCCGACUUUUCCAAGCCAACAGGCAAGACGCUAUUCGACUUGGCUGAAGAAAGGCAGAGGGAACUAGACAAGAUAAACGGUAAACAGCGAGUUGUUAAAGUGCCAGUAACUUCCGCUUCCGCCUCGCCCGACGAUGGUCCUCCAAUCGGUCCCCUCGGGGACUCCAUCCUCUACUCCAUCUCCAUGGCAGCACUCCAUCUCACGCUCGAUGUCCUCGUAUACAGCCAAUACCGAGAGGAUAUACUCUGGAAUGAGAUCCUAUGGCGAGCACUGACAGCGUGGCCCAUAUUCUUCUUAGCAGUCUACCUCACCCACGUCGACUUCUCACACCGAUUCCCCACACUUCGAGACGCUACGUUUUUCGGAGGUUCUAUCGUGGCAGGGUGCUACUUGGUAUACGCAGGCAAUAAGCAUGGCUAUUUCCAUGUUAUGAAGUCGGCGCCUCCAAUUGGCACGCUCUGGAUCUGGAGCGUUGUGGAGAUGAGUCUGCCUUUUGCGGCCACCAGCGCGGCCGCUGUGUUUGGGUACAUAUGGUGGAAUGGAUUUGAGUUCUUUUAA